UAACCUGAGCCUAUAUAUUUUUGGGAUUUUUCAUUGGCUUAUCAAAAUUAUCAGUGUAUCUGUAUAUAUCCUGGAGCUGGAGCUGCAUCUGGAUUUGGAUUUGGACACGACAGAAGCGUGUACAUCCAAGAGCAAGGUAACAGGAUACAAGGAUACAAGGACUCGAUUCUGUACAUGCCAGAGGAUCAUACAAAACAAUACAAUCGCAGACAUUUCGGAGCAACCAGGACCGGGACCACCACCAGUCAUGCCACUCUUCACGAGGAAAACCACCAAGCCGGGAUCUGCAGCAGAUAAUGCCUCACAGAACAGCAACAACAGUGAUGGGGGGAAGGGGCGUGCCUCUGGCGGACCCGCCACCAUUCAGAACAACAAUAACAACAACAACAACAAUAACAGCAGUCCCGACUACUCGAAGCCCCCACUGGUGUUCCACUGCCAGCUGGCCCACGGCAGCCCCACGGGGCUCAUCCACGACUUCUCGAGCGUGCGGGAGCUGUACCAGAAGAUCGCCGAGUGUUUCGACAUCUCGGAGCAGGACAUUCUUUUCUGUACGCUCAACUCGCACAAGGUGGACAUGGCCCGGCUGUUGGGGGGCCAGAUCGGGCUGGAUGAUUUCAUAUUCGCCCACCGCAAGGGCCGGCCGAAGGAGAUCGAGAUUGUCAAGUCGCAGGAGGCCCUCGGGCUGACCAUCACCGACAAUGGGGCCGGCUACGCCUUCAUCAAGCGCAUCAAGGAGGACUCGAUCAUCGACCGCAUCGAGCACAUCUGCGUGGGCGAUCACAUCGAGAAGCUUGAUGGCCAGAAUAUGGUGGGCAAACGGCACUACGAGGUGGCUCGCAUGCUCAAGGACAUACCCACGGGCGAUACCUUCACGCUGCGGCUGGUGGAGCCCGUGCGGAGCGGUUUCCAGGGCAUUGGGCCGCGCAGCCAGUCCCGGGCCACGGGCAGCGCCGGCGGUGGACGAAACUACGGCAGCGGCAAGGAGACGCUCCGUUUCAAGGCCAACGGAAAUGCACAGAUCGAGCCACAGUUCGACGAGGCCACGGUGGCCGGGAUCGAUGCCAUCAAUAAUCUGCUGGAGUCCUUCAUGGGCAUCAACGACACGGAGCUGGCGUCGCAAAUCUGGGAUUUGGGCGACAAAAAGUCCAACUCAAUGGACUUUGCCGAGUCCAUUGACAACUCAGACCUCGAGUCCUUUGGCUUCACCGACGACUUCAUCAUAGAGCUCUGGGGUGCUAUAACGGAUGCCCGCCGCAAGACCACGACCAGCCCCAAGUAGGGGCCGGCCCGACCCGAAGGUUGGGAAUCGGGAACUGUGCGCAUGCAUUUUAUAUUGACUAUUGACUUGUUUAGGAACCAAUAAAAAGAAAACACACAGAAACCACUAGAGAAACUAAGAGCCCAAGCCAAGCCCAUGCAGAAGAGCCUUUUCUGUUGUUCUUAACUAUUGCUAUUAUCAUUAAAAUAUGUUUUGAUUAAACUGAGUUACUAUAUCAUAUCCAUA